AGCUAGAAUUAGAAAAGAGAAAAUGGUAGCAGUAGAAUUAGAAGACUACAACUACCCUAAAGUUACAGAUGAAAGAUGAAGAAGCUUCGGCGUUCCUGUUCCUGCAACCACAGCUCCUGCAACAAUUACAAUCAUUCUUUCAGGGUGAGCCAAGUACUGGUGAACAAGCUGAACAACUAGUCUCAUAGUGAGUCUCGUCUUACUACAGAUGUUGAUCUUGAUCGAUGCGACUGUCCAUUGCGACAUCACUUGAUCGAAACUACUGAUAGCUGCAAAAUUACAACCAGGACGCGAGACGACUUGUUGAUCGAUAGAAGCAAUACAGAAUACACCCAGGAGAACCAGGAGGACACUGCAUUAUCAAUUCGAUCGAUACUAGCAGCAGCAGGAAACUCCAGCAAAAAAAUGGGCACGCCAAGGUCCCGACAGAACUCGAUAGAGCAGCCGAAUGCUUUCAAUACGCCUCCUCUAGCGAGUUUGCCUGGUGGCCCACGACCUGGAGCCACGCGUCGACAUGGAAAUAUGUUUAUGAAUCCUUUUGCAUCCAUAAUUCAUAUUCUUCUAUCUUCUUGUUCAUGCGUGAUAAACCCAUAAACUUAUAGAUAGUAGAAAUUAUAAAAAUGGAAAUUGAGCAUCAUUUUCUUCUCGUUCUCUCUUCAUCAUCAUGUGUCGGGACUUAACCGAAAACUUGAGAUAUAAGCGAGUAGCUACCCCUACCUGAAAUUAAAGAGUCGCCACAUUGUUCCUCAUACAGUAUCUCGGGUGUUCAAAGUAGCAACUUGCUUAUUUCAGACAGUUUCUCGUAUAGUUCGUCUUCGUUUUAACUUGUAGCUGAUGUCAUCAUGACCAUGACCUUGAAACUUAGCAGUGGUUGUUUCUGUCCUCAGUGACGAUGGAGAUCACGCCGAAUGAAAACAUUAACUCGCUUAAAUUUCAGUUUUUCGAAUAGGUCCUCCUAACAAGCUCUAAUGCUUCCGCGUCUGCUUCUGCUGGGAACUACAACCUCCCUCAGCAUCCGCAUCCUGCUCAUCCAGCACAUAUGCAGCAGCAAAACCACCCUCUUCAUCCGCAUGUGCAACAUCCACAUGUUCAGCAUUCACAUCAUCUGCAACAGCAUGUAGCUGUGCCUCUUGGUGCGGGUGGAUCGGCAUCAUCCAGCAGUGUUGCCGGAGGAGUUGGCGCUCCACUACUACCACAUCAACAAGCUGCUGUUGCGGCACAGACAGCAGCUGCCAAUGCAGCUACAAUAAACAACAUCUUGCACCUCCAGCAGCAACAGCAUACUCAUCCUGGUGGAGCAGGGAUCCUCCACCCGUCGCAUCAUCAUCCUGGUGUUCCUGCUGGAGCGGGCGUCCCUGCUGGAGCCCCUCCUCAGCAUCCCGGUGUCAUACCUCCUGCUGCUGCACUGUCAGUUAAGGUAGUUCACGAUGAUCAUGCUAGUCAUGUACUCUUGCAGAGGCUUUCAUUCCCUUGCAGAGUCUUGUUACAACUAGAGCAUUUCGCUGGUUCCACCUUCUAAUCAUGAUGAUGAUGCCUUCUAAAAAGAUGACCGCAUAUUCCCCUUGUUUUUGUUCCCUUCGUAAGACCGUGUUUUCACAUUAUAUAAUGACACCGUAUGAUUAAUAGUCAUAGUCUUGACAAAAUAAGUAUUAAAACAGCCGGCUAGUUUUCCCUCUACCGUUAGGUUUAGCUCUUCAAAUAACAAUAAUCUUCUCAUUAACUACUUCUACUACAUGUGAGCGUGGUGACCUCUAAAAACUCGGGUGGCGGAUUUCAUCAGCAGCAGCAAGCAGUUCAACAGCAACAAGCAGUCGCAGCGAUAGCAGCUCAAACUGUUGCGGCACAGAGGGCUGCCAUGAUGGGUGGAAGUGCGCAACACCACCUACAGCUAAUGGCAGCCGCAGCACAAGCCCAGCAACAUGCGGCAGCAGCGAGCGCGGCUGCGGCUGCGCACCACCCGCAUCAAGGAUUAUGCUCCUCUUUUGUGCCAUAGUCAACCUUAACAUUACUUAGCCUUCUUUGUUUGACUCCUUACUAGCCCUUACUUUCCCUUUCUCUUCCACCUCGCUCUGGGAUCCUUCACCUAACAGUAACAACAGCUGAGGCUCUACAACUUUAUUCUAGGUAUACGUAAAGACUUUGACUUUAUAUAUUCUUGAAACAAUAUACUCCAUUUCUCAUCGAAAUUGAUAAUCCUACGUGUCUUUAUACGUAAUCGCUAGAACGACAACCGCUCCUGAAAGUAGUCGUAGUCUUUCUAAUACGAGGCGCGGUGACUGUGCAGUCGAUGCAGCGUUAUCAGAUGAUGGUAGCAGGCAUUCAUAUGCGGAAUCAGAUGCUUAUGAAGCAAAUGUCCGAGUCCCGUAGACAGCAGCAACAAGCCGCACUCCUGCAGCAGAAGAAUUAUGCCGCGGCGGGAGCCUCCAGCGUAACUAAUCAUGGAGCUGGAGGAGUUGGAUUUCUUAGCGGAAACGAAAGCGGACCUCCAGGUGGGUCGCCUGCUAUGACUAGUAGAACUCCCACUCCGGUACCAGCAAGUGCAAGCCCGACUAGCGAUCAGAUGCUGGGAGAACAUCAGCUCCUGCAGCACCGGAAUGUUGCUUCUUCAAAUGGGAAGAAUAGUACAACAAGAACAUCAACUAAUCUUCAACUGCAUCCGCAUGUAGUUGAUUCCGAACAACGACAAUCUCCUGUUCCUCCUGAGAACAACAAUAGUAACUACAAGAAGGUGAAAAAGAUCAACGACAACAACAGCACCAUCAACAACCUGAAUCUUGCUGAGGAUCAACAGUUUCCUGGUGUCCAGAAAUCCGGUCAGCAGUUGAUAGGUACAAAUUCCUCGUGCGCUGUCUCCGCUAAAAAGGCAUUCUUGGGUUCGCCUGAACUCCAAUUGUACCCAUGUUCGGCUGCAGGUGGGCCACCGAUGCUCUUCUACAAUGACGGAAACGACGGACCAGAUGCGGAGACGGGAGAAACGACAUCUGCUAUCGAUCAGGUGGGUCCAAAAAUUAAGGGCUCCCACAUUACACCCUCCAGUAACAUCCUUGACUUUUAUUUUUUUCAAGUGGAAAAAGGUAGCUCGAGAAUGUAGUAAAGUUGUAAUAAUGAGUGUAAUGCUGCAACCUUCAAAAAAAGUAGUCCCCCGGUUACGAGCAAGAGCAGUCCGGCAACCGGUGGAGCGUCUACUUCUAAAAAGUCGACUUCUAAAAACAGUACUCACUCCUCAUCGAAGAAGUCACAUCAGCAGCUUGGGGUCGAGGACGAAGUUGUAGAUACAUCUAGCACAACUAACGCUAAUAAUUUAUGUACUGAAGUAGACUCUGAGCAGCACGAGCAAAAGAAUUAUAUUAAAGUUAAUAAACAAGAAGAAGAUCUUGUUCAUCGAGGACACCAAGAAGGACUACACGACCAUGUUGCAACAAAUUCGUCCAGUACAACGUUGCAGCAAGAACGCGAACAAGAUCCUCAACAACAUGUACACGAAGUUGGAAUCGGAAAGCACGGAAGUAAUAAGCGCGGUCGAUCGAGCGGGAUGGAUGAAGAGAGACGAUCCCCCGAACAAACAGUCCAAGCUGAUGAACGUCGUUUAAGAUGGCUGUCACUUGUUGUUAAUCUAGUAGGAGACUAAAUCUUCAAGAACAAGAAGAUAAUUUUCGUAUUGAUGUAGUUCUUGUUCUGGUUUCCUCACUUUAUGUACUAGUCCAUGAAGAUCAUCGUUUUUGUUAUUUGUUAUUUAUGGAGAGCGAAACUUAAUAGCCCUCUUUCUAACGAAAAUUCCGCCCACAGCAACGGCGUCAAGCAAUGUAGUUGUUGCUCAGCCACCACAACAUCAUCUUCAGCAACAAAACCUUGAAGAGCAUCAAGAGCGUCCUUCUACCAAUGCUUCUAGUCGAGUGCCCACUCCUGCUGCUUCUGACGGUGUUCAGAUGCUAUACACCAGCGUCCCUCCGAGAUAUAACAACGGAACGCUCGGCACGAACAGUCACCAGCAACACCAAGGUCACCAACAACAUCAACCGUCUUCUGUACCUCCAUCUUCAGUACAGCCGCAACCUGGUGUUAGUGUGGCAAGCGGUCUUGCUUCUACUGCGUCUGGAAACAAAUACCAGCAAAAUUUUGAAAUAGAGCAACAGGAAAAUGUGGUUGCGAUGUUACGGAAAUGGAGAAGGCAUGAUUGAUGAUGAACAAUAAUCAUGAUUAUAAUCCGUUGUAGUACUACUUCUUCGCUUGCUUCCCUCAUCAACAUCCUCGGAGUCGAGUAGGUGCCGGGGGUACUCGAUUUGCAGGAUCCACAACCUAACCCAACCUUCUUUGUUGCUUCGUAUCAGAUAGUAUCCCACCAAAAAUUCCCAACUUCCCACUCUCGAACCUCCCACCUCCCAACCUCUACUUCUAACGACCGAUUUAGAUCGUCUAGAUGUCAUGGGCCCAGUCGAUCUCGAAGAUUUGUACGUGUUUGACCCUCCAGAGUCCCUAGACCGAGACGAGAUGCCUGAAGCCGCAGUCCGUGUCCUAAUCAAGGUUAAGGCUACUACUGCUAGAGCCUCUAAAUAAUGAUCAUCCACCUCUACGCAUAGGGAUCGAUUUCGAUGCCUCAGCAAUCGUAUAAUACAACUACUUAUAUAUUAGAACAGUUUAUGACACGAAUGGCGGUUGGCACGGUUGGCACGAAUGACACGGUUGGAACAACCCAACGAAGCCAAAAAGUGCCACGAAUGGCGCGGUUGGCGUUGGCACAAGCGGACAGGGAUAGGGAUGCGAAGGGCUGCAAUUCUACGGAAAGUCCCCCUGCCAUUUUGAAAAUGGUAAGGGAGCUAGCCAGAAACAAAGCCGACUUGGCUGCUCUCUAAAGAGUGCGGAUCCUAGUGCGGCUGACCGUCGGAGGGCUGGCCUCUUUCUUGGAACUACCGCGCGGGUCACGCAAAUUCUGGUGGACUUGCAUGACCCCCGCGGAAUUCCACGAGAGGAAUGCUGCGAGAAGGCGGGCGAUUUAGCGUGCGGCCUCCGCCCUAGGGUGCUUAGCUGAUCCACCGCGCCGCCGCUGUGGGAGAGCUCCGACGGGGGCGGGCCGUGGCUUGGAGGGCGGGUCGGAUGCGUGGCAGCUUUGGAUCGCGGGUGGCAGAGGAGGGCUGGAGCAAAAGCAACGCGCCCGAAGGGCGCCGGGUUUGGGGAGGCUACUGAAGCGCAACGCCGUGGAGGGUGUGGCAGAUUGGUCGCAGGGCGCCCGAGUGGGGUUCCGAAAGUAUGUGCGCAGCAUUCGGAGAGAGCGGUAACGCCGCGGGGGAGGUAGCGCUUGAAAACGCAGGGCGCCCGAAGGGCGCCCCGCUCUCGAAGGUCUGAUAGGUCCACGAAUGGCACGAAUGGCGGAGCACAUUGAAGCCCCGGAUUGGAUGCCUGCCAUUCGUUCCAACCGUUCCAUUCGUGCCAUGCCAACCGGCCCCCAGAAACCUUAUAAACUGUUCUGAUAUAUAACUAUACAUGCUGUAUCGUGAUCGAUAUGGAAAUCGACACGUGAAGGUAUUGCUAGUCUAGAGCACCUACAAUCUAAGGACCUUCAUCUUUCUCUUCUUUAGGAGGGAAGAUCCCCAUCCCGUUCGCGAUCCCCACAUCAGACGAGAUGAAGAAUCUCAGGGCUACUGCGUACUAGCUCUAAUAAGGCAGGGCUUCUACCCAAGGAAGACGAUGAAGAUGUUUACCCAAGUAGCUCGUCGAAGGAAGGCAGCGAUGUUGUGAUCGGAAGCACGGAUGGUGCGUCAAAUUCACCUGUUGUCGAACAGCAACAGGGUGUCACUAGUACGAUUAGGGGUUUCCACGUUGCGUUCUGCGCUACCAUUCUUGACAUAUUUCCCUAUAGGAAAUGAGUCAACGUCAAGGACCAUCUGAAGAAUGCAAUGCUGGGGCAACCUCUAAUGCGACUGGUAUUGCGACCAAAACGGCAGGGGUGACGGGGGAACAGGGAACCUCAACUUCUUGCUCGGACCCAGAAGCUCCUGGAGGUGCUCAGCGCGAAAGCUCUUGCUCUACAGGAGAAGGUUAAGGAUAGAAAAUUUUUACCUCUCAUCUUUGUUCAGCCAAGGUUCGCUCCCAGUCUCAUAAAACCAUUCGAGAAGGAGAGACGAAGCCAGAAGAUCCCAGGUCCUCUGAAUGACACUACAGAUUCAGAUGCAUUUUCACUGUAACAACUACACCUACUUGUAGUAGUUUGACCUAUUUUUACACCAUGAGCUACUAGUACUACACCAUGACCACGUGCUAGUUCACCAUUCUAAGACCAUGGAGUGACCUCAUCUAGUACCCCUCUCGUCGCGGCAGUGGUGGAAACGCCAACUGCUCGUGGGUCUCCGAAAAAACGCAUGAAGAUGGUUUCCUCCACUGUCUUUCGGAAGCGGGGCUCCCUUGGCGGACCCAGCAACUCGACACCAAACCAUAACCAACCUUUUAUUAAGGCCUGGACGAUCAUUAUCAUAAUCAUACAAUAUAUGUACCAGGGAGGGAGGCCCCCCUGUAUAUAAUUACAGGGGCAUUUUUUUAUUGAAGAGACAGGAGAUGGAUUCAGAUGCAUUGAGGUUUUUACUUUCGUCUUUCAAGAAUUCCAUGUUGAUGCUCUUGUAGGGCGUCGCUUUUACUUCAUUAUUUCUCCUGCUCAGUGAGUGAGUUGUACUAGAAGUAGCUCUACUGGCACCAUAUGAAAACCUGCUCCUGAACAAUAUUUUUUCCGCUCUCUAAUACAAACGGUUUAUCACCCCAAAAGAGACCUAAGAUUCACCUCUGUGAGGUGUACGAAUGGUUUUUGCGUCACGAUCUCUUUGGCUUCGAUAUGGAAUGGAAACCGGAAGGAAAUAACACCACAUGUAAGCAUCAACACGGCGUUGCCCUCAUGCAGUUUGCUGCUGUCGAUGGCAAGCAAGUCCUCUUGAAGACCAAUCGCACUUCAGUUAAGGCUCCUUACCUUAAUUUUAAUAUGUUCAUUCUGAACGUGAACAAGAAGCAUCUUGAUCUUACUUACACAUAUUCGAAAACUCAAAAUAACCGCGUUACUGACUGAAAUAAGGGAGACAGCUUAACGUCAAGGCUGCCUUUCCUUCUCAUCAGUAUCUCGGUUAUUCUGCUCAGUUACUCGCUUAUUUCAGUUUUUCGAGUACUUGGACUUGCCGCACGACACGGUGAACGGGGAAAACAGCUCCUCCAUGAUGAAACCGAAGAAGCUGGACAGCUUCGGUAAGCUCCUCUAAUUUAGCUUGUGGCAUUGAGCUCGGGGACCGACCACGUCGACGGCUGCCGCUUUUUCUGCAGCAAAUCUUUGAAUCCGAAAAGAUCGUCAAGCCAGUUGUGGGCGACUGCGACAGGCCACGGUUGGAGGACUCAUUUGAUGUGCGCGUCAAAAACAUGCCAGAUCUCCGCAACAUUUAUACGAUUAAGGCAACGAUGAUGAUGAAUUAUUUAAUAAGUAAAUCAUAAACAUUUCAACUAGAACAAGCUUUGUCUGCACUACAGAUGUUGAGCAACACGAGAUUCUGCACUACAGAUGUUGAGCAACACGGGAUUUCUAAUCCAAGCGCAACGGGUAAGAAGCGAGGCCGAUCGCUAGAGCAGAUGAGUCAGUACUAUUUUGGAGAGAACGUCCUGAAAUUAAGGCUCGACUUUCAUUGGUCAUUGGGGGUGGUCACUGAGAUCGAAGAGGCGACCCCUUGAGAGAGAAAAUGAAGGGAGACGAAGGGGAGAGCUUUGAAGGUAGUCUCUUGCGUUCAGAGUCAGUGACCCAUGACUGCUGACCUUUAAUAAAAGGCUACAAGGAUAAGCGGGUGCAAAUGAGUGAUUGGUCGCUCGAUCAACCGCUGUCGGCUGCGCAAGUCCGCUAUGCUGCCAAGGACGCUCAGAUGGCUCUAGGGCUGUAUCGCACUAUGACCGCUUUGCUGGAGCAGAGGAAACAUGAAUACGAGCGAAGAUAUUUGCACGAGAACUUCACUUUAUGGCUAAAAAUAAAGCAUUUUGAAGAUUUUCAGCAUCUUCCCUGGCUGUUUUUCCAUUUGGAAAAGAAGUAGAGGCAAGGGAACAAGAUGUCCUAGAUGAAGCGACGAAUGCGGUAGCUCUAAUCCCUAGAACGAUGGAGACCGCAGACCUUCCAGGGGGAGCGAUGAAAGGCACAGCUACAAAUGGAAGUACUCCGAAGGUCGGUCCUGGAGGUACGAGUAGUGGUAAUGUAGGUCCUCGAAAUAAUGUUAAUAGAGUCGUGGUUGGGGAACAUCAGCUGCAGAUGGAGCAACACCAUCUUGGUGGAGGUCCUGGUGCUGGUGGUGUCAGUAAUACCAGCAGCACUUCCGGCGGGCGAGGAUUGAACGAUGAACAGCAAAUGAGGCGUGGAGGUCCUUCUCCUGAGGGAUUGCAACAAAUGGCUCAGAACAACAACCUUGCUCAACAUCCAGCACAUCCUUCUAGUGGUGCAAAUUCAACGACUUCGACUGCAAACAUGAUGAAUCUUGGCACUAAUCCACCUAAUGGAGUAGUUGGAGGUCAUCCUGCUAUUCCAGCAGGCACAGCAGGACCUCCAAUGGUUCCAGGAGCAUCUUCUUCGGUUCGAGAACGUCCUCAUCUUCAACAAGGUGAUCCAGCGAACAAUUUCAGUUUUCAGGCUGCAGCCCAGACCGCGCAACAGUUUGUUCCGGGUCAGUAUGCUCGUCAGAUGCAUCAACAUUACAUUUACGGCUACUUCCCCCAAUGCAUAUUUAUACAUAGUAACCUAACACCCAUCGACCUUAUCGAAGAUGUUGAACCAUGAUCUUUGACUCCUACUUUUUCAAGGACGAAAAUGGGAAAUAUAUGAAGUCAUGCCUUUGAGGAUGUAUUCAUAUGGGCAAUUACUGAGGUCCAAAUCUAAUACAUGCACCACGCAGCGCAGCAACAACACUUGGCUGGAGGACCUGCAGCUGCCUACCAUCCAGCAGCCCGAGCCCAACAACUUGCUGCAGCCCAGCAACUUGCGGCCGCACAACAAUCUGCUCAACAACCAGGAGCACUUAUGGCCUGCUGGCGUAAUUUUUAAAAUCAAAGAUUAUUUUACAACGAAGAGAGAAUGGGAAAGGAAUUAUCUAUAUAGUAGAAGUAUACAUAGGUAUCUUCGAGGGUGAAUGAUCUUCGUACUUGUACGAGCACACUAGUCUGUGCAUGACUCCAAGCAUUUUUACUUGCUCUUCUUAUUCGAGAGUCUGGCACUAGAUUUUUUGGUCAUUCCUCAUCCUCUUCAUACAACUUCUAAUCCCAAUCAGCAAAUCUACAUAAGUCCUGCAGCGUGUGCGGCAGUGCAGAUGCAAAGGGCAGCAGCAGCGACUCAGCAAGCUCAGCAAGUCGCAGUACUCCAACAUCAAGCAAUGAUGCAACAACAGGCCAUGCUGCAACAACAUUACAGUUAAGACUUCUACAACUUACGUUGGUACUACUUCUUACAACUUUUUUAAGUGCCUGCAGCAUCACUAUAAAGAAAUAAGGCUUCUACGAUUAUUGGUGAAGAUCAAGAACACGAUAAUCACUCGUGGCGGGAUGAAAACAUGAUCUAUCACUAUCAUGCUGUGGUUCUGAGAGAUUUGAGGACCUCCACGCGUGUAUGUCCUCUUAUUUAGGGACGAGAGAACUCUCGCUCUGCAGGAGACUUCUUCUAACGUAUUCAAAUGAAAGCUGCAGGUUUAGCCGCGCAACCUACAAGUCAACCUGUCGUGACUGCUCCGAUGAUGAUGGGCAGCAAUCCUGCUAAUGGGGUCGUUCCUCUUGCUGGCACGACUACUACGAUGAUCCCGGGACCUGGUGGACCGAUCAUGCAUAGUAGUGCCAGUCCUCCAACAGGUGACUUAACGCCAUCGAGUAGCAUAAUUGAAGCUCCUGCUGUUGUUGGAGGUGGCAGACGGGGAUUAAAAUCGAGAGGACCAAAAUCGAGAGGAAGUGAAGCGGCCCAGCAUGCGAUGCUAAACAUGGCUCCUGCUCACCCUGGCCCCUUGUUGGAUCUACAGCCUCUUCUAGGCGUACCGCUACCACCGCAUCUCAACACCGGUGGAGCAGGUGCCGCAGGUGAUAACACGACGGGCUUGUCAUCACUGAAUAGCUCCUUUCUGCAUGACACGUCUAGUCCGACAAAACGGUGGGCUGCAACAGAAACGCUGGCAGCAGAGCGGAAAUCAUCAGGCCACUCAGGAGCAGGAGGACAACAGAGACAAUUUCAGUAGAGACUUCGCGAUCUGAAGAUGAGCGGGGAGGACCCAGUAAUACGAGGUCGUCGUGGUAGGUCGUGUCGCGGUGGUAAAAGAUGGUGUGCUAACACAACCAGAUGAAGUAGUACUUUCAUCAGGCCGCAUUAAGGGACCCGCGGAAGCAGCAGUAGCUGGUACUAGUUCGUACUCCUGCUGAGUCACAGUCACUGCAUGCUCUUCAAGAUGUCCUUGUCGCGCCGAUUUUCGUUUUUGCAAAACAUCACAUGACUGCUUCGAGUAAAUAAGCUGUUGCUGAAGCAGGACCAAUAUUUUUGGGACUGAAAUUAUCCGCCUGGGGAAUAUUUUUGAUCCUUUCUUUGUACUAUGUCCGUACUGGAUAGUUCGUCCUCGCCAGUACUACUAUGGAAGUAUCUCCUAAAGAAGUAUGAUCUUUUACUCCCAUACCGCACAAUAUCCUUUUGAUUUACAUAUAUUAUAUAGUUAUACAUUUUUCAACUUAGCCUUAGGCUUAGGCUUAGCAUUUUUCUUUCAUCCGGACGAAUAUUCAACAUUCAAAUUUUCAUCAUUAUAGAUACAUCAUUUUCAACGCAACAAGAGCAAUUAUAUGUUGACUAGCUAGGAGGUACUAAAGAUAAAUGUAGAAGUCAGUGCAACCAGAUCCAGAUGACUAAGGACAGCUAAAAAAGCGUUCGAUGGCAUUUGUAAUUAAGUUGUUUGAGCAAGAACCCGUACGCGUAGACCUAUGAUCAUCUGUUUUCAUUGGUACAGAGACAGUUACAAAUAUGAUUCUGAACGUUGCAAGUUGACAAAGUUUCUCUUCCUCGUUUUUUCUUCCAAAAACGCAAAGCAACAAGCCCGCAGAUCGUUGUAUCCGGUCCUGAUCUUCUUCUCUACAACAUUAAGCUUCUUCAGGUUAAUUCUCAUUACUUAGGGUUUCUUUGUUCGUUGUACGUUAACGUUUUUUACGUAGUUGCAAGUGAUUGUAUUUUGUUGGAAGAGUAUCUGUAUCACUAGUAUCACUAUCGUUGAUGAUGCUGAUUGAUACCACCUGUUCGUACUGCUCGUCUUUAUUGAUUUUGGUUACGUAUAGUUUUCUUGACGACCACCAUAUUUACUAAAAAAUUCCAAUCCGGAUGAUAUGAAGCUGCAAUAAUUGAGUUUUGAAGAUUAUCAUGUACUAGAAGGAUUCUGAUGAGUUCAAAGUAUCAGUGUGAAGGUGAACAAGGUCUCGUCCUACGAUUUCUACGCCGAGUAGGUAUAGUUGUACAACCUGUUAUUGCUAGUGUCUUCUAGUUGUACUUGUAGUUGCGCACCCCCACAAGAACAGCAACAUCUAGUUCAUUCGUCAUGAUCAACAAGGAACGGCAUCAAUUACGGGUUUUAGAAUUUUUGUUGUACAACAAGCAACAACUUAAGUCAGUGCGAACUACACAUGUAGUUAAUAGAAGUACUAAAGAAAUUUUUAUUGAUUGGAGGAUGCAAGGCGGGAAUCGAUAGAGUCUGCAAAAGGUAAAAAGAACCAGUUGCACGUUUCAACCAUGGCUCUUGCAGACAGACGAAGGGGCGCAGAUGACACACUAUCGCCAAGUCAUCUGAGUUACUAAUGAUGAUACUAUCUGUCGAACAAGACUCCUUCGAGCCAAAUCAGUCUUUUUUAGAAGGACCUUCGCUGGUCAUCCUUGAUGUUUGCUGCAUUUUUUAGAUAGUUGUAUCGUUUGUUGAAGUUGAUGCUUCAGCACACCUUGAUGUAGAUGUUGUGCUCCUGAGUAU